CCCUUCAUUUCUAACAGUUGGUUUGAUCCAACAAAGCCGUUGCUACGGAGACGAACACAAACACACCACCGACACUUGUCAACGGUGUUGUGCAGUCUGGUAUCAAAGCAGCGGAGUGAGAAAGACGAGGACGAAGAGAAGAGGGGGAAUCAUGCCAAAGAAAAGAGGAGGAAGUAAAGGAGGAGCGAAGACGGAGGAGGAGAAGCUGCUGCUCCUGCAGCAGAGAGCUCAGGCCGAGGAGGAGAUGGCCAAGAAGAGAGAGGAGAUCCUCACUCUGUUUCUCAAGGACAAGCUGCAGAAGGAGCAGAAGAACGCCGCGGUGAACCUGCUGAAGCUGAACGAAGGCUGGCGCUCCGUCCUGCGCCAGACUCGAGCCGCAGAGCUGCGCCGGGACAUCACGGUGCUCAGCCAGACGUUCGAGAGGCAGCUGGACGGCCUGGACAGUGUCGUCAAGAAUCUGGAGCGCGACCUGCAGGAGGCGGAGCGCCAGUCGGCCCACGUGAGGCGUGUUCACCUGCAGCAGCUGGAGCGCCUGCGGGCGCAGCAGGACCAGCGGCUGGCGUUUGUGCAGCAGCAUUGGGAGGACGGCCUGCAGCAGCUGGGCGCCAGGUUCGGCCUCGAGAGGAAGCAGAUCUCCUCCCACUGCCGGCAGCAGCGAGCCGAUCUGGCGGACGCAAAGUUCACCGUGGAGCAGCAACACAAAGCCGUGAUGAACGAGAUCCACAGACUGUACAGUGAAGGCAUCGCAGCGUACGAGAGCGCUCACGAAGACAGGAAAGCGGCGCUGCUGCUGGUGAACAAGGGCACGCUGAGGGAGAAGCUGCUGCAGAACCAGGAGGCCGAGCAGCUGUGCAGCGCCGAGACGCAGCAGCUGUCCCUCCUGCUCUUCAGAACGCAGGAUCUGGUGAAGAAAACCGACGCAGACAUGAGGAAGGUGAAGACGCUGCAGGACACGGUCAUCAGUCUGCGGGAGACGCUGACCUCCAGUCAGACGGAGAACUCGUCGGUGGAAACCAACCUGUCGGCCGCCAGGAACCAGGUGAACACCAAGACUCACGAGCUCCGCGACCAGCUGGGUCAGGUGCACGCCGCCGCCAGGAAACAGCUGACCCAGCUCACCGUCCAGAGCGACAACGCCGCCAAGAAGCUGCAGGCGCUCAUCGUCAAGGGUCAGAAGGUUUUACGAGUGGCCGAAAUGUGUCAUAAGCUGGAGAGCGAGCAGAGGGAAGUGUUGUCAUUAUUCUGGUCAGAGGAGCUCCAGAGAGCCGAGGCCGAGACGGAGACAGAGGAACCAGUGAAGGACAUGCGGGAGCUGCGGCAGGUGACGCGGCGCAUCAACGGCGCCGUGCUGCAGCGAGCGGCUCUGAAAAAGCAGCGAGAGGAUCUGAGCCGAGAGAACCAGCAGCUGAGGGAUCUGCUGCGGCAGCACCUGGACGCCAUGACCAUCAGCGACGCCGACGCCGGCGGGCACCACGCCCUGCUCGCCGUGUGCCAGGCGCCGACCACCACCGCCCCGCCCAACGCCGACAGACGGCACACCGUCAUCGAGGCCGCGCACGCCGUCAAACAUGCACUGUGACACACAGAGACGGUUACAUCACACAUAUACUCUGUCAUUUCAUUCCAAUAAUCCAUUUCUCUCUGUCUUGAAAUAUUAAAAAUAAACUCGCUGAUGUCACGUUUUAAUCAUUAUUUGGGUUCAGGGUCAUUCCACUUGCAGACUGAUGUCAUAAAGUGGCGUUAUGUACGACACGCCAAUUCAUACGCCAUUAUUGGCGUGUUAUCAAGACGCAUACUCGCUUUGUAGCGUGUUUAUCAACGCCGUUUGGCCUCCGUUGACUUACAUUACCUUGCGAUUGCGUGUGAAGUGACGUCGUAGAGCAGUGGCUUGUAAUGGGAAAAAUUACAUUUAAGCAUAAUUCCUUAUAUUUUUAUGUUUUAUUUCUACUUUAAUUCUCUCACAUCACUACAAUACUAAUGUCACAAUACCAUAUUAUCACAAUACUAAUGUCACAAUACCAUAUUAUCACAAUACUAAUGUCACCAUACUAUAUUAUCACAAUACUAAUGUCACCAUACUAUAUUAUCACAAUACUAAUGUCACCAUACUAUAUUAUCACAAUACUAAUGUCUGGAUACACAAUACUAAUGUCACAAUACCAUAUUAUCACAGUACUAAUGUCACCAUACUAUAUUAUCACAGUACUGAUGUCAUGAUACCAUAUUAUCACAGUACUAAUGUCACAAUACACAGUACUGUCACGAUACACAGUACUAAUGUCACGAUACCAUAUUAUCACAGUACUAAUGU